GUAGAAUUGGGGAGGAUUUUCAAAAUAAAACUCUUGCUAACCGCUUCCUGUCAACUUUCGGGAAAAAAAAAACACAAGUCUACUGCGCGUCGUUUAAGUUAAGCUAACAUGCAUUAAUUUAAGGAUUUUAGAUGGAUAUUUACUCGGAUACAUACAACUUCCGGAAUUCACAUAGAAAACGCUUCGCGUUGUUAUUUCGUGUAUUUUAACUAUUUGUAAGAUUAAAUAGUUGUUGUUUUUGUCGGAAUUGUGUUACAUGAAUUGUUACAUACAUUGUUGCUCGGAUACUUUGUGUGAAAAUAACCCCCCCAAAAAAAUAAAAAUAAAAUAAUCAAUCAAACUUAUCCCGGAAGUGGUUCGCGCUCGCGCCACGUCAGAGCAAAUCAAGAGCUAUUUGUCGACAGUUCAGAGUUCAGGUUUCUGCAGAUUUGCGUGUUGAUCUGUGCUGCUGAGACGAUGCUCCGCCGGGGACUGACUUACCUGCUCCUGCGUGUGUGUGCGGUGCUGGCGACCGAGCUCACAUUUGAGCUCCCCGACAACGCAAAGGAGUGUUUUUACGAGGAGCUCGAGAAAGACGUGAAGUUUGACAUAGACUUUCAAGUGAUUUCAGGAGGCAACUAUGAUGUGGACAGCUUUGUGACAGAUCCUCAGAACAAUGUUCUGUACAAUGAGAGGAAGAAGCAGUAUGACAGCUUCUCCCUCACUACCACCAUGAAGGGAGUCUACAAGGUCUGCUUCAGCAACGAGUUCUCCACCUUCACUCAUAAAACGGUGUACCUGGACUUCAGGCAUGGAGAAGAGGAGCCACUCCUCCAGAGCAUGACUAGAAGUACAGCACUGACUCAGUUGGAGUCGUCUUGCGUCGCCAUCCAUGAGAUCUUGAAGGUGGUGAUAGAUUCUCAAACGUGGUACAGACUAAGAGAAGCCCAGGACCGCACAAAGGCAGAGCACCUCUUCGAGCGGGUCACUUACUGGUCCUUCGGAGAGACUGUUUUGCUGUUCGUUAUAGGCAUUGGUCAGGUCAUGCUGCUGAAGAGCUUUUUCAGUGAGAAGAAAGGCUCUGUAGCUGCCACGACUUAACCUGCCUCCUUCAUUCUGUCCUCAGACGGCUGAAUGUGCAUUUAGAUUUAAGCUCUCAAUUGUUCCACUUUUCGACAUGUUAAAUAGUUUAGAAUUUAUUCUAUUUUUCAUAGCUUACAAGAAUGUGUUUUCAUGUUGGUUUUGUUUACAGAUUGAACUGAAAAGAACCACCAAACAUGCUGCCUUGAAAAUAAAUCAACUUUUUUUGUUAUUUUUUUAUUCUCAUUUAAGGCAAAAAGACUAUUUUGGGUGUCAUUAUUGUUUAUUAUCUUAAUACCUGUACAGUAUUGUUACAUAUUCUGUAACAUGUUUGCUCUUGACUGCCCUCCAAGUGCCUUAAAAUGUAUUUUCUCCUCUUUGCUAAGUUAGUUUUAUGAAUUUCAGUUAUUAGUUCUUCACUGGAUUUGUUGAGACUGCUUUUGUUGGGAGUUUGCACCAAGUUAUGUUUUCAAAAAUGAGCUUUGAAUUAUGUCCAUGACAUGGAUGGUCAACAAUUUCACUUUAAAGCAUUUUAGAGAUUUAUAGGUCAGUACUGAAUAAAAUUUUAUUUAGACUUAA